CUUGGCCGCAUUCCCCUGCCCCCCACCCCUGCACAGGAGAACAUGGCCAAGCGGGUUGCAAUUGUGGGAGCCGGGGUCAGCGGCCUGGCCUCCAUCAGGUGCUGCCUGGAGGAAGGUUUGGAGCCCACCUGCUUUGAGAGGAGCGAUGACCUUGGGGGCCUGUGGAGAUUCACAGAACAUGUUGAAGAAGGCAGAGCCAGCCUCUACAAGUCCGUGGUUUCCAACAGCUGCAAGGAGAUGUCCUGUUACUCAGACUUUCCAUUCCCAGAAGAUUAUCCAAACUAUGUGCCCAAUUCUCAAUUCCUGGAAUAUCUCAAAAUGUAUGCAAACCAGUUCAACCUUCUGAAAUGCAUUCAAUUCAAGACUGAAGUGUGCAGGGUAACGAAACGUCCAGAUUUUACUGUCACCGGCCAAUGGGAGGUGGUCACCCUGCAUGAAGGGAAGCAAGAGUCCGCCAUCUUUGAUGCCAUCAUGGUCUGCACCGGUUUCCUCACUAACCCACAUCUGCCACUGGACUCCUUUCCAGGUAUAAAUACAUUUGAAGGUCAAUACUUUCAUAGCCGACAGUAUAAACAUCCAGAUAUAUUUAAGGACAAGAAAGUUCUUGUGAUUGGAGUGGGAAAUUCUGGCACAGACAUCGCUGUGGAGGCCAGCCAUGUGGCAAAAAAGGUGUUCCUUAGCACCACUGGAGGGGCAUGGGUGAUGAGCCGAGUCAGUGAGUCGGGGCUCCCAUGGGACAUGCUGUUCAUGACUCGAUUUCAUAACAUGUUGAGAAAUUCUCUCCCAACUCCAGUUGUGACUUGGUGGAUGUCAAGAAAGAUAAACAGCUGGUUCAAUCAUGCAAACUAUGGCUUAGCACCAGAAGACAGGACGCAGAUGAAAGAGCCUGUGAUAAAUGACGAGCUCCCAGGCCGUAUCAUCACUGGGAAAGUGCUCAUCAAGCCAAGCAUAAAGGAGGUGAAGAAAAACUCUGUCAUAUUUAACUACACCCCAAAGGAACAGCCCAUUGACAUCAUUGUCUUUGCCACUGGAUACACCUUUGCUUUCCCCUUCCUUGAUGAAACUGUAGUGAAAGUCGAAGAUGGCCAGGCAUCGCUGUACAAGUACAUCUUCCCUGCACAUCUGGAAAAGCCAACCCUGGCUGUCAUUGGCCUCAUCAAACCCUUAGGCUCCAUGAUACCCACAGGAGAACUAAAGUUAAAUUGCAUUUUUGUUUGUUUUACAGGUGUGAAUAAGUUGCCACCUCGAAGUGUCAUGAUAGAAGAAGUUAAUGCCAGGAAAGAGAACAGGCCCAGUGGGUUUGGCUUGUGUUACUGCAAAGCCUUACAAUCAGAUUAUAUCACAUACAUAGACGAACUGCUGACGGAUAUCAAUGCCAAACCCAACCUGUUCUCUAUGCUCCUGACGGAUCCACGUCUGGCUUUGGCCAUCUUCUUUGGCCCGUGCACACCAUACCAGUUCCGCUUGACUGGCCCAGGAAAAUGGAAAGGAGCCAGAAAUGCCAUCUUGAACCAGUGGGACCGAACACUCAAGGCCACCCGAACUCGCACUGUACAAGAAUCCCCAUUUCCCUUUGCAAUCUUACUCACUCUCUUUCUGGUUUUGCUUGUGGCUGUUUUUCUAAUUUUCCUAUAAAUAAAAGAUUACCUAAAUGGCUUGUCAGAUGCACAGAGUAGAUUGCUCUGCCUGCCUUUGAAUCUCUGAGAAACACUAGUGAUGGUAGCUGAAUUUCUUGCUGUAUAAAGCUCUGUCUUCAUAAGCAAGGCUGAACAACACAAUGCAACAAAUUAGAAAACUUGUUCAAGUAAAUGUCAGUUGAUUUGUCCAAGGUAUCAGAGCUAAUAAGUGGCUAAGUCAGGACAUAGGUCUCCAGAACAUACAUCCAGGCCUCUUGACGCCACCAUUGAGGCCUGUGGUUUCUAAUGUUGAAA